AUGAAUAUCUGUGGGAAGGAUGUGAAUAACAGUGAUGGAGACCAGACUGUGGUAGACCGAAUGGAUGGAGACCAGACUGUGGUAGACCGAAUGACUGGCGCCAGUUCUUUAUUCCCUAGCAGUAGAAUGAUGUACCCACAUUCUCGCCACACUCUCAUGGCAGGAAGCAAAUUCCAGACCAGCAAGUGGUACGCGACCAUCACGGUGCCCCGGGACACUGACUUCACAGACGCACCUUCCACCGACGGGACUUCUCGAUCGUUGCUGCUGGCGAUGCUGACUCUGAAACAGACAUCUCCGAGAGUGGGCAGAUCUGGGAGCGUGCCCUUCUGGCCUACACACUGGCUGUCAGACGACUCAUCACGGCAAUGCCAGUGGAGCCACGCUUCCGGAAGUUCUAGACUGCGUCCUGCCACCAGCGGACAAGCCCUGGCAUCUGCUCCUCUGGGACAUCUGCAAAGUCGUGGUAUUGCUACUGUCCCUGCAGAGACGGGUGCUCCCAGACGGCACCUUAAUGGUCCCGCUGUUCUAGUCAACAGCACAGCUAAAGUAAACUCUGUUGAAAUCUCAUUGAAUGAAGCCCUUCCUGGAGACAAGGGGGGCCUUAAUGUCAAGAACAUGUCUGUCCCAGAUUUUCGUGGCACUGCAGCUGGUGACGGCAAAAACGACCCACCAUUGGAAGCAGCGGGCUUUACAGCUCAAGGGAUCAUCUCGAACCAUCGAGGCCAAAUUAAUGCUGGCUGUGCACCUUGCUGGAUUGUCCUCUAAGCUCCUGUUGCUCACGGGUUUGUUGAGCUGGAAGAGAAGAUGAAUUGUCAUUCUGGGAAGGAGCUGGAAGAUGGCCACGAGUUCUUGAAAUCUGGCGUUGCUGCCGUUGUUGAUAGGGUUCCUGGCAAGCCCAUGCAUGUUGAGAGCCUCUCUGACUAUCCUCUGCCUCAUUUUGCUCUUCGUGACAUAACACAGAUGGCUGCUGUGGGCGUCAUCAAAGCAGUGGACAAGAAGGCAGCUGGAGCUAGCAGGGUCACCAAGUCUGUAAGCUCAGACGGCCAAAUGGAUAUUGUCCCUGAUACCACCACUGCCGUCUUAAUCAGUGGUGGAAGAACGUCCCAGAACUGGCCAUUUAAGUUUAAUAAUAAAAGAGUGGUUCAUGAUAGUGCCUCGUAAAACCAUCGGAAGCCUUACUCUCUUCCCACCCCCAAAACUCUAGGGUUCUCUGGGGUUUCCAUUGCUGACCAAAUGGAAAGUGUCAACACUCAGAACGCAACCAACAGUGGAAAUCCAUGUACCUUCAUGUGAACAAAAAAGCUAGAACUAGAUUGAAGAGAAGGGACCUCCUUGUUCUGAAGCUGGAGCAAAAGAGGAGAAGCAGAUGCUGAAGAGGAUAAAUUUGCAGAUACCAGUGCAGGACGUGGAAAGAAGAGAGAGUCCCUUAACCUCCCAUUUCUCGCUGAAGCAUGAGGCCCGCACCCGCCGCUCCAGAGAGGUCGUGGUUAGAGCACUGUGGAUGACAAGCCUCAAAAAGGGAGAAGCCUUUCCGUGGCCCAGGUAAGAAAGGCUCACCUGGGUCCUGGGGAAGAGCCCCCUGGGCUGCUUCAAGGCCAGAGGAAUCCUGAAACCGGGAAUCGUGAGACACACUUGAGAUGUUUGUUUGUUUUUCUGGAAGGCCUGCAGUCACCCUGAAAAUCAAACACGUUGUAGAACAGACAUAUGUAGGCUGGGUGGUGGCAGGAGUGACGGAGGACUCCGCGUCAUGGCCUUCUGGAAAACCCCCCCAGCUCACCGCUGUACUUGUUCAGGAUGGCUCUGUCCCUCACUAUGCUGUUGAAUAUCUCAGGGGUGUCCACACGUGCUCCAGACCAGCAAAAAAAUUCAAAAUCAGAUAUUGUCCUCACAGAAAAUCUUUGUUGGCAUUUUUACGGUAGCCAGAGAGGUCACCCUGUGAUUGUAAAAAAAGCAGAGUGAUCCAAAAAUCCAGCAUUUGUAAGGAAGCAAUUGGUUUGCAAGGAGACAGAGUGUUCCCUCAUAGUUCAUCAGAUUAAAAGUCAUAAUUAUGUGCCAGUGGAUUGUGUUUGAUUGGAAGGUGAUAAUCUACAGGACCCUGCAGAUUCCAUGUCCUACAGACCUCUUCCAUCUGGACUAAUCAGAGGACGGAUCUUAGGAUUUGGCAUCGGAGUGAGUUUGCAAUCCUAAGUGACAGCCCUAAAGGCCACAGAUUUUUUGAUCAUCAGCCAGCGUGUAUUCUCUCGACUUGAUUGUUGUCUUCUGCUCAAGUGAAGUCAUUAUUGCCGCUGAAGGCAUUUACUUAGCAGUCAAAUAUUUACUCUUCAAAACAAAGGAGCGCCUCCAAGUUGGGGGGAUAGAAGCUGACUUGAAUCAGUUGAAAACUGCAUGAGCUAAGGCCACCUUGCUGAAGGGAACCAGAAAAAAAAGAAUUCUCAAAGGAAUCGUUCUGGCUCUCAAGAAGGAGAUGAGCUGUGAAUGAUUUUUUUUUUUUUUUUCAAAAAAUGUUCUCUCUAAUCUUCGCAAUUCUAGGGAAGGUGAUACUGGAAUGAGUUUCAAACCCUUCCUCCCAGAAAUGGACAAAAUUUAAUACCAGAACCAAGUCCUCCAUGCUGAAAGCGAGAUGUCGCCCAGAGAGGAUUAUCUGAUCUGUAAAGUCAAGGAGAAAUAGGAUCAAAAGAUCUCCCUGGAAGCCGGUGGUUCUCCCCCGCUGGAGGCGGUCCUGACCGCAGGAAGCACCACAGGUCUUGGCAGAUCUCUCCAGCAACCCCGGAGAAGGAGGGUGAGAGCGAGAGGCAAAGCUGAGCAACCUCUGGGACAGAGGUGGCAGGACCCGGGCAGAAAAGCAAACCAGGGGGGAUAAUGGAAACCCUCACAGCGACUCCACUCGCGGCCUCCUCGUCUUCUUGACGGCAGCCCCCAUCCCUUCUGCCACGGAGAAGGAACCUUCCUAAGUUGGGGAAGAAGGCAGGACCCUCAACCCCCUCCUGAAAGGGCAAAAAUGACCAUGAGAAAGAGGAAGACCACUCCCAUGAGGACACUUUGUCUAUAGGAAUGAACCACGGCAUGUAGUCACGUCAGAGCACUGAGGGGAUUCUGCCAGAUCUGUUUUCUCUCAUCCAGAAUUUUCUCCACCGGACCGCUUCCUCCUGAUGAAUCAAAGUGCACUCCCCAAUUAGAGAUAUUUGGGACACUCUGCGUAAAGGGACAUCCAUCACAAUGACAAGUCACUCUCCCAGUUCGGUGGGUAAAAGCCCCAGGGAAGAUCUCAGAGAAAGCUGUGUCCAUCGUCUGUACUUGGAGACUGAACAAAAAAAAAAAAAAAAAAAAAAAAAAAAAAAAACGAGUGUAAACUAUCUGCCAUGAUUUCAGCAAAGAGUGGAAACACAACUUCCAUGACACACCUCCGUCCCCUCCCUUCCUCAACCACGUGUGACCCCAUUCUCUUCCCACCCUCGUGAGGCUGCGGAACAAUCCAGCUCAUAACCUUAUCCAACACCCAGCACUCUCGUUAUCUAUGCGAAGAUGAAAAAUCAGAACAAAGCAAAACAAAAAAACCAGACUGGAGUCAGACAUCUUCUCUGCAACAUUCAAUGCCAGAAGUAAAGGGAAUCCCAUCAUUUUUUUUAUGUCUCCUUUUUUACCUUUAUUAAGUUUUUAAUUUUAAUUCCAGGUACAGUUUAUGUACAGUGUUCCAUUAA